AUGGCGCUCCCACUUUACAUUCCUCAUUGUAUUCACACACCCGCCGGCCGGUAUCACCUCCCACCAUCUGAUCAGCCGCUCAGAAUCCAAAUCGAAGGUCCCCUAAUCGCCAUACAAAGGCUCCUACCACAUAUCCAUUGGCGUCUGGAGUUUGGAGACCGAACAUUCCCACAGCCAGCAGGCCCAGAGCUAGCACGGUUAACGUAUCAGACUAUAUACGGACGGGAUGUUUGUCCGGAAGUCCCGGGUGAUCUGGUGGUGCAGGAUGAAUACUUGGGCUGGAUGCCGGAGAAGCGUCCGGAAGAGCUGAUUGACUAUUAUGGUGUAACAUUUGACCAUCUUGUCCCAGCUGACGAUAUCAACCCCGAGGUCUUACAGAUUAACAUCAUUGACAUUGAGGAUGAUAAUGGUGUUUAUGCAAAUACAUGGCUUUCAUUUGCAGUAGAUCCGACUGAGUUUAUUGGGAAGAAGGUACUAGCAGUGCCGAGGUGUUGCCAGAAGAGGAAGGGAACACAGGAUCGCUGGCGAGUGAAUGCCCUUGUGGACCAGAGGAUUCAUAGGUUGGAACAUUUGAAGGACGCUAAAGAAUGGAAAACUCUGACAGAAGAUCAAAAUGCGAAAAUUGAGAACUUGAAUUAA